AUGCCAUUGGUCAUGUUUACUGGACCAAAUGCGGUAUACAACGCAUUUCGUCGAACUCUGUUUUUUGCUCGCCUGCAAAACCGAUGUCUUGUUAUACCACACUUCUAUAAUCAUAUAACACAGUCCAGGUAUCCCGUAAAAAGACAGGGUGAAGAAACAUUUGAUAUUGGCAGACUCCGAAAUGUAAUAAACACCAGUACACUAGACGAAUACAAUACACAAUGCAAUGAGAACGUGACAAUCCCGCAAGUUGUAAUUCCUCCAUUGACCAACACCACACACCUGGUAGAUAAAUACCACUACAAAGUGCAGCGAUUCUACAGAAAUUACACAUUCUUUAAAGAUAACCGUAUGAUUCAAGAGUUCCAACAGACGACGGGAAUACACUUACAUAACGUAUCAUUUACAAACCAUACGGAAAUAAGUUGGUUUAAAGACUCAUACGACUCAAAGUGUGUCGUGUACUUCCCGGGAAUAAAAUCAAAUUUCGGCGACAUCGAAGGCUACACCGAUAACGAGGAGACAGCUUUAACAAGAGCUCCAUACGUAAAGAGACUGGCGGACGAGGCUGUGACGUAUUUAUGUGACGGGAGAUUUGCUGUUGUGCAUUGGAGAAAUAAAUCUGGAGAAGGCUGUAGACCUAAGCUCUGUAACAACAAUCUUCGACAUGAAUUGGAUAAUCAACUGGACAAUGUUGGCGUUAUAGUGAAGUCUAUCCAAUCAUAUCUCAAAUCUCAGAAAAUAGAUUGUCUCUAUGUGGCAACCCCAAGAUACAGUAAGCGCAUAAUCGAAUCUCUUAACACCAUGAUAGCACACUUGUUCAGCUUGCAAGACUUGAUUAGCAUGAGUGAGAAUAUUAAUGAAUACCAGAGCGAUUUAUAUGUACUGUCAUUGGUUGAACAAGAGUUAGCUGAACUCACUGUAAAAUGA